AUGUUUGAAGAGUUAAAGAGCAACAACGGAGGUGGAGAAGAAGACCCACCUCUACAACACUGCCAUGGACAUUGCUAUGUUUUUCUAAGCAAACCAAUUUGCAAUGUUCUCAAGCAAACCAAUUUGGGUUUAGAGAUUUCUUCUCCUUUCUCUUUCUGGGUGUUGAGUUUAGAAAUUUACAAACCAUGGCUUGAUGGUCUGCGACAAAAAUUGGAAUUUGGUGGCUUUGCUAAGAAUUAUUUGGGGAUUUGCCAAUUUGGUGGUGCGGCAAGCAAUUGGGCCAAAGGUGCAGAGGCGUGGACGCAUGGAUCCGCUUCCGAUUAUUCCAGUGGACAAUGGUUUGGGGCUGGGACGAAAAUUUUCAUAUUGAACUGGCUGAUGCUGUUGAAUCUGGGGUGGGCGCACAAGGAUAUCAGAAUAUGGGUUGCACUUGAAUCAGAUUCUUGA